ACUGUCACUCCUCUCAACCUCUCUCUCUCUCCACUCGGCCAUGGCGAGCCACGCCCACGAGCACGGCCUCUACCUCGACCCGGCCGCGCUGGCCUACUCCUGGGCCGAGCCGGACAACAUCCCGCCGCAGCUCCUCGUGGCCCUCGGCGAGUACCUCUCCUGCUCCUCCCCCUCCGCCGACGCCGACCCCGAGUCCGAGGCGGACGACGACGACUUCAUGAUGUACGAGUUCAAGGUGCGGCGCUGCGCGCGCGCGCGGAGCCACGACUGGACCGCCUGCCCCUACGCGCACCCGGGGGAGGCGGCGCGGCGCCGGGACCCGCGCCGCGUCGCCUACUCCGGGGACCCCUGCCCGGACUUCCGCCGCAGGCCCGGCGGCGCCGCGUGCCCGCGCGGGGCCGCAUGCCCGCUCGCGCACGGCACCUUCGAGCUCUGGCUCCACCCGUCCCGCUACCGCACCCGCCCCUGCCGCGCGGGGCCCGCAUGCCGCCGCCGCGUCUGCUUCUUCGCGCACGCCGCCGACGAGCUCCGCGGCUGCAAGGGCGGGGCCGCCGGGGAGUACUCCUCGCCGCUCGCGCUCUCGCCCAAGUCCACCCUCACCUCGCUCUGGGAGUCGCCCCCCGUGUCGCCGGUUGAGGGCAGGGUCGUCAGGUGGGUGGACGAGGACGACGCCGACGCCGAGGUCGAGGAGCUCAUGCUCGCCAUGCGUCACCUCAGCUUCGCAAAGCCCAAGCCGUUUUCUUCUGCCGGAACGCAGCAGGUGCUGCCGCCGGUGACGGAGGAUGACGGGCCAGACCUCGGCUGGGUGUCCGAGCUGGUCAUGUGA